AUGCCACUCACCAACAAGGCCCUCUCGAUCAUCGACAACCAACUCCAACAGUACCUACAAUCAACUCCAUCCAACAACUUCGACCGCGAGAUAUGGAAGAACCUCAGGAUCCUCUCGACGUCCGCCAAUAGCUCCGGCAGAACCACCAACGUCCACUUCUCCGUCGUCAUCCCUGAGAAUUGUGGCAAUACCUUCGGCAUCGCGGCUGGAGGCGCUGUGGCGACGCUGUUUGACGGUGUGACAGGCGCUGCGAUUUGUGCCGUGGACAAGGAUGGGACCUGGAACGGAAGUGAAGUCUCUCGGUCGCUGUCGAUGACCUACUACCGACCAAUUGCCCUUGGGGAGGAGGUCAACAUCGACUGCGAGGUGGUCGACGUCGGGAAGCGGCUUGCGACCGUGAGAGGCGUCAUGACCAGAGCAAGCGACGGUCGCGUGUUGGCUACUUGCCAGCAUGAGAAAGUUUGCUUGGCGGGAACGGCGAAGUUGUGA